AUUCACAUUCGAAAUAGUUCACUUUUUGGGAAAAAAAUCAGUUUUUACGAAAUGUGUAUUGUAUACUAUUCUUUCAAGAGAGGCCUAACCAUGGUGCGUAGCAGUCGGCUGCAUGGCUAUAGGCCGAGAUACCUCCAGUUUCUCUGGAAAUGGGAGCGGAUGUCUGAAGAUGGGCCUGUGGUGACGGCUAUUCUGGACUACAAUCACUGCAACCAGGAGGCCAAGAUGAAGAUAAAUGUAGAAGGAGGGAAGGAAGAAGAGAUGAGAGUUGACCAGGGACUGCGAUUGGCCAUCACGGAGGCCAAGGACCGUGCUGAAAGGAGGCGCAGGAGGGACGCGGUCACCGACGACUUGGGCGACGAGAUAAAGGUGAGUGUAUCAUACUUGGAGGAAGAGACUUCGACGGAUACUGCAGAGCGGGAAGAACAGCAGCUAGACCGCGACUCAGAAGCAGAGAGUGACGCGAGCGACCUAGAGGUCAAGACCCAGUCCUGGCAUGGACUGGACCAGUGGCGACGGGACCACCCACCAGCUGAAUCAGUGGAAGACGGCCUAGAGGCCAGCUCGCGACGUCGACGGGACCAUCCGCCGGCUGGGCCUGUGGAAGAUGGUUCGAGGGCUAGCUCACGACAGAGACCUCGUGGUGAAAGCGCGGUAAAUCGCAAAGGAGGGGUCCCGAUGUCCACCUUAGUAGCUCACCAUAUGGUGCGCCAGUUCUCUUCGUACGAAAGUAGAACAAGGAUCUACAUCAACAUGCAAACCGUCAAGAAUACAGGGCCUCUUCCUCGUAUUGACGAUCUUCUUGAGCGGUUGGGCGGUGUGAAGUUCUUUUCAAAGUUGGAUUUGAAGUCGAGCUAUCAUCAGAUUUCGAUAUGCUCGGACGAUCACCACAAAUCCGCGUUCAGGACGCAGUACGGGCACUUUGAGUGGGUGGUCAUGCCUUUUGCCCUCACCAAUGCCCCGUGGACAUUUCAAGCGGCGAUGACCAACGAGUUCCGCGUAAUGUUGGACCGGUUCAUGCUGGUCUACUUGGACGACAUUCUCGUUUAUAGCCGGACCUUGGAGAACUAUCUCAAGCAUCUUCGACACGUGUUGGAGAUGCUCCAUCGCUCCAAGUACAAAUCCAACCGUGACAAGUGUGAAUUCGUACGGCAAGAGUUGAAGUAUUUGGGCCAUUUCGUCACACUGGAGGGCGUCAGUCUGUUAUCGAACAAGAUUCAAGCCGUCCAAGAGUGGCCGGAGCCGCGGAACAUUAUGGAUGCAAUGGGGCCACGCUGCUGCACCGUCGCACAAGCAGCUGCACUAGCGCUGCUGGCCAGGGCACAUGCGGGGGCACAGAGGUAUGUAGCGGCAAAGGGAUUCGCAAUGCAGAUGAACGACUGGGCACAGACCCAGACCUUGGAAAGCUUUUUGGACUUGGUGGAGGCACGAUGGCACAACCCUCAACAGGCUCAACAAGCCACUGAUACGCUGGUCUGUCUUGAUACUAAGAAGUACAAGACCGUGCGUGACAUGACCAAUGUCGUAGAGAAACUGGUUGUAGUUUCGGGAGUUCGCAAUGAUCCCCAAGUCCUCCUCACCAUGUUCUUGAGAUGUCUUCCCACAUACAUCAAGAAUCUGAUGCUGAUUCCGGAGUUCUACAGGAAGACACCUCAGGAAAAUCCCGUCAUGAUGGACAUCAUGCAUAGACUAGAGAUCCAGGACAAGGCCGCAUCUGAUGGUAAGUUUGUGAUGGUGGAUGGGUUACUCUUUCUUGAAAAGGUACCACGAAGAUGGAGCUGGAGCGAUGGCCCCACAGGCAAUGCGGCCAUACUGCUGCGUCGUCGCACAAGCAGCUGCGCUAGCGCUUCUGGCCGGGGCACACGCGGGUGCACAGAGGUGAGAGGGGCGCUGCGGUGGCAGCCGGCGCACGGUGGCCAUAGCUGGGCUACGCCUGUGGAAGUAGGUCAUGGCCAUGGUGGUCUUCGGGUGGGAGGCGCAUGCAGAGGGGAGACAAGGUGUGAUGAGGAGAGGAGAGAGAACGUACCUGGUGUAUGCGGGGGGUCGGCAUUGGUGAUGACGUCACGUCUUCAACUUCGAUGUGAUCCAGUUGCAUGAACGUAGUUAGAUAGGCUGAGUAGCGUAGGGUGGGCGCUGAGCGCAAGACAGUAAGAACAACAUUGGAUACUGUUUUGGUGUGACCAGAGAGCGUCGGCAUUGACAUUUGAGUUCAUUAUAUUGCUCUUACUUGGACGGUAUCUUGGUGCAUUGUGCUCUCUGCUUGGUACACGACUAUCUGGGCAGCUUCGUGAUUUUGCAGUUUGGAUCUCUGUCUAUCACUCUCGCUCAUAUUCCUUGCACAAUGGACAGGUAUUGCACAUUUCACUCAAACCAAUGGUCAUGAUUCAUCCGGCUAGUGAAGGGUUCGUGCAUGGGAGUAACUGUCGAGCAACACAUCACAAAAAGAAAAAGAAAAGAGAGAGAGAGAGAGAGAGUGAGAGAGAGAGAGAGAGAGAGAGAGAGAGAGAGAGAGAGAGAGAGAGAGAGAAUGACCAGGAGAGGCGCAGGCCUUUUUUUCUGUUUUUUUUCAGUGGACCUUGUGACUAAGAUGGACCCCCUCUUCGUACGAUUAUUUCAUUUGGAAGACUGGAAUUCUCUGUGGAUGGGUUCUCACUGUUGCCGGUGAUAGUCGGGGGCUACCCUUUGAACCUUAGGUACCUGACUGCUGCUGGGAGCGACUCGGGUAAUGACAAAACAAAGAAACAACAGCAGAACGGCACCCACACUUGGUACCAUUCCUGUACAGGGUCCUUGGAAAGGUCCGAAUUCCCAAAGGCUCACCAGCUGAUCGGUGCUUUUUCUUAUAAGAAAGUGAUACGCGGCUGCAUCACCCUCUUCUAUCAAUGCCCCGUCCGAGGAGGCUGUGGACUCGCGAGAUAACAUUUCCCUCUUCAGUGACGACCUGUUCUCUCGCUGCUGCAUCGCUGCCUACGAGGAUCUCAUGACUUCCAUUGCUUCACAUACUCAGUGCUAGUAUGGUGCAGGUCCCGCUAUCUCCUUGUUGGCUUCUCCGGAUGUGCUACCCAGUAGGUGCAUGGUCGCACGUGCUGUUAUAUCAAAGAACUUCUGCAAGAUGAGUUUCCUACCUCCUCUAUCUUUCCCAGCCACUACUGACCCCCUCCGCCCUCUCCCUCUCUUGCUCCCCUAUUUAUUCUGAUGGAAGUGUGGUGACAGUUAUCUUGAGCUCUUGCGUAGCCCAUGAUGAGUACCAGUUUGGCUCUGGUCGUAACAUGCCGGGCAAAAGCCGAAUGUCGUGAGUCGUCGAGUGCUUGAGGCUAUGAUUGGCGCUCCCCUCUCCAAUAAUGGCUGAUUGAUUCAUUGACAAUGGCAGAUUGUUCUUCUUGAAUUUUUCGUAUACCGCCUGUGCGCUUGGGCUUCAGGACUUCAUCGCGUUGACAGUUCGUUUAUCUGAUGGUGGACGCGAGAGUGAUGUGGGAAUUGAGCGAGGGAACAGAAGAGCUGAAGUCGACGGAUUGCGCCCCAGACAAGACAUGGGUGCGGAGAGGGCGGGAAUGGAGAAGCAAGAUUGGAUGACCUUACUCUUCGACCUUCUCCCCCCAAAAGAACUUCGGAGAGAUUGACAGGUAAGGUGGCGGCUACUGAACGGGCUGAGUUUAUCAAAGAAACCAAGAAAUCGCUCAAGCGUCUGUGCAAGUGUGGCCUUCAGAUACUUUGCGCCAAGGAGGGUAUCACGUUCUCCACUUGUGAACAGGCUAUUAAUGACAUCGCUGAACACCAUGCCUCUCUGGCUUUCAACUUUCGACCACCUUGGCGAGGUAAGCAAAAAGUUAUGCCGUCUGAGCAGGGCGCAGACGCCGACGAAGGAAAGGAAGAGGAACGAGAGUCUGCUGAGAUUCAAGAGACACAACGUGUCGAUCUUGAGCAUAAUGAUGAGGAGGCCCUUGCAGAAGAUUAGCAGGCUUGCUCGAGCGUACAUGAUAUUUGGCACCUUUUGCUUCGAUGUGUUUCUAUUAGAAAGACGAAAGAGGCGUUGCUGGACAACUACCUCUCUUAUCUCGUCCGCUCCUUGUUGAUCACUCUCAUUAUUCUUGAACAAAUCCCAUGGGUUUACAGUUCAUUGAUUGUCUGACGCAUCUAUUACUAUCGGGUUAUGACCUAUGACGAUGUUGUGGACCUCUUAUAUAUUGCCUUAUCUCUCCAUUCAAUAGACAUUGCUAUAUCGGAUGUACUACUAGAACUCUAGAGGUAAGAUGGACGGAGCAUGUUCGACGGACUCUUGUGCAGGAAACCGGGUACGGAUCGUGUAGAAACCAUAAGCUUUACAAAUGGGUCAUGAACAGGUAUUGAACACUAUGUUGCUAUAAGUGUCGCUAUAUAUUUCGGAACAGACCUAUUGUUGGCAGAAAAGAGGUUCAUUAGCCAGGUCUCUCCCUAUCUCAAUUCAAAACCCUCAGCAAAAAGGAGAAAGAAGCCGAGACUUGGGAAAAGGUAAAGGAGGAACCGUGCUAGAAGAAUGGAUCAAAGCUCUACUAGUCUGAAUCGUUUAACUCAAGGGCCUAGCCGUUUAACUUUUUUCGUUUGUUCUUUCGACACUACAUCUAUUUCUUUGAUUCAAAUCUUCAAUGAGUGUGUUCGAUUUGGUCUCAAGAGUUUCGUGAUGGUUUGUAAAGGAGGAAGUAUUCUGGCAGAUAAUUGGAAGGUUGUCAAGCAAGUAUUCAGAGCCUCUGUGUUAUGUAGCAACUGUGACCAGAAUACAUGAAAAAUUAUAAAGCAUGUUUGUCUGGUGGCAACACAGUUCUCAUAGAAUCAG